UUACAACUGUCCAUAACUGAUUUUAUACAAGAAAUUUUAAGCAUUUAGCAUCAAUGAAAUAUAUUUACACUGAAACUUAUUUAUCUCUAAUAUUUAAGUUUUUAAGAAACUGUGAAACUUAUUGAAGUCAUCGCUAAGAAAAUUGAAUUUAUUAGCAAACUUUAUAAUAAUUAAUUUCAAUAAAAACUUAGACCGAAAACAACUGUAAAAAUUUUAAAAUAAUGGCUGCAUUUAUAGCAAAACAAAUGGUUGGCAACCAAUUGUCAGCCGUCAAAGAAAUGGGUGGCGGAGAGGGGCCCACACCUGAAGAGAAAGAAAAACUUCAACAAUUAGAACAGGAAAGACUUGAUGCGCUCCGGGAGGCAGAGGAAAGGCGUCAAGAAAAACAUAGAAAAUUAGAACAAGAGAGGGAAGGGAUGAGACAAGGAAUCAGAGAUAAAUAUGGCAUCAAAAAGAGAGAAGAAAAAGAGGCUGAGCUCAAGAAACAACAAGAAGAGCGUAUGGGAGGCGCCGCCGGAGGUAUCAACAGAUCAAAGAAAACACCCGAAGAAAUAGCAGCGGAACAGGCGGCCGCUGACCAGGAUGAUUUUACUAAACUUAAAAACAGUAUCGAAACCCAAGUGAAUGAUAUUAAGGGUCAAAUUGAGGAGAAAUGUACGAUACAGUAGACUGACUGAGAUAUGUGUGAUGGAGGCGCCUCCUAAUUACUGAAAAUCCUCCUCCAUUUUUA